AUGUGCCGAGUGCGGCCAGUCGUGGCCCUCGGGGCUGACGGUGCCGGUGGAGCUGACGGGGCUGUGGCCGGUGAGGCCAGUGCACAUCCAGUGGCUUCGGCCACCUCCUGCCAAUAUGAGAUUCUCGCCCUCCUGCCUGCGGCGGAAGGGACACAGUGCCCCGGGAGUUGGACAGCCGCUGCGGCUACUCCGAGGAGGGCAGAGGGGCCAGGGCAAGAGUGUUGGGACAACCCCGGACCGCUCAGCGAGCCAAGUAAGAAACGUGCCACUGAUCACUAUGCGACCCCCCGCCCCCCGCCAGGGCAGCCUCGGAGUCAGAAAGCCACGCGUACUCCCCACCGACCCCGAGCCGGGCGCACGCCUAUCCCAGGGAUCCUGAGGGAGGUCCCGAGUUUCCUGGGACCCCACCCGAACCCCGACUUCCAGCGAUCGGCUCCAAACGCCACCGGGUUCACUGUCGUGCGGGGCGAAGGGAUCCGCUGCCAGGACGCUCUUCCGCUCUCCCACCCUGUCCGGGAUAAAGAAGUCCGCACUCACCUGGCAGGAGCGCCCUCCCCGGGGACCUCAGGAGCCCACACUGACUGCGGACCAGGACCCGAGCUCCCGCGCCGCCCGCUCGCUUCUCUGCUCGCGCGUACCUCGCGGACCAUCCCGGGCCGCCCCGCCGCGCGCGCGCUCUUGCGCGCCCCCUGCCGCGCGCUCCCGGCGGGGCGCUCGCUCCUGCUUACACCCGGCUGCGCGCUCUGCGCAGCGCCGCCACGCGUGCUCGUACGCGCUCCUCCGCUCGUACGCGGGGUCUUGGCUGUCCCGCUCCCCAAACUCACAGGGCGCGUGCCCGGGACAUUUAAAGGGACCAGUCCCCGCGCCGGAGGUGCCAGGCAGCCGCCUCCGGCACGGGUCGUUGGUGUCGGUGCCAGGUUUGAGUUGGUCCGAUCUGAGUGA